UGUGUUUUAACGGAACUUUACACUGCAACACCCGGGAACCCGACCUCGGAACCCAUGCCAUGGCCGUGGAGCUGGGCGACGGGACCGGUUUGGCCGUCGAAGUGAAGGCGAGUGGCGACCUCUUCCUGGAGACAGUCGGCACCUUGCUGGCGAUCCUCUUCCUCUCCGCGCCGCUGGCGCAGGUGGUGCCGCUGCACUCCACGCCCUCGCGCGUGGCGGUGGUGAACCCGGCGAAUCUGCUGGCGCUGCAUGCGAACUGCGCGUCGCAGACCAUCUACGGCCUCUUUCGCCCGGUGCCUGCGGCGGUUCCGGCGAACCUCUAUGGCCUGGCGGCCUCCAUCUACUACUUGGGCACCUGCUGGCAUAGCGUGUGGCGCCUGCAAAAGUCAGGCUCGGAGAUUCGUGGCUGGGAUCACCGAACAGCCGUCGCUUGCGUGGUGGCCGUCAGCCUUUCCGCGGCGAUGUACCUCUACGCGGCGCGUCCGUGGCAUCCGUCCGCCUCGGCCCUCCGGUCCCGGGGCGAGCGGUGUGAAGGUUGAGGUGGUGGAAAAAGGACCAAUUGAGGAUGAACAGUUGAUGAACAUCAGUAUGUAUACUUACUAUGUGUAUGUAGUUCAGUAUGUAUAUAGGAACACCAAUUGAAAGUAAGUUGGAAAUCGAUCGAGGACAGAUUCAAGAGAGUCAAAGUACCAGAGCCAAAGCUAUAUAUAGUUCUUGCGGUGUCCUGUUGUGAAUUGUUGCCCCAUGCGGCCGGUCGCCAAUGAGCGUUUGCGCAGACCUGGGGCAUGUUGAUGUCCAUGAUAUGCCGGGUAUGCCAUGCAAUGUUGCUGCCCCAAGGCUCCAAACUGCUUGGUCCGGUCCCUCCAAACAGCUUGGGAAUUGAGACCUCUCCAUGAUCAGGGUCCAGGAGCAUUUGGGUGGAGGGAAUUGCCUCUGGACCAUUGAGGGGUCAUUGCCCCUUUUUGUCCUACCAAGCCAGAAGUAGACAACCAUGACGAACAAAGAAGGUCUCAAGGGGCAUAUUCUUUGACAUCCGAUAUCAUCCGACCGAUCCGGAAUUCAAUUCAUGUUCUUUCGAAUCUGACGAUCUCAUCCGACCUCAUUGCCAGAAGGUCAAAACCCAGAGGGUCGCAGGGCUUGGAACCGAAGCAAUCCGCUGUCGUUCAAAAAGGGCCCGGAUUCUUAUGGGUUGUCGUCCUUCGAACCGAUAGACCAUGCUGUUCGUUUGGCUCAGACCUCCCGAACCGCGGACUGGUCCGGUUUCAGACCAUCGACCGGACCGUCAAACCGGACCGUCAAACCGAACGUUCUUUCCGCCCGACAGCGAUCUCGCCGGGCUCAACUCAUCAUGCCACCUACUCACAAGCCCAACCUACUCCCCUACAGAGGACUACAUGGAACCCCAAAACCAUUGUAGAGGAAAAUGGUCUUCCACCGGUCAAUUCUCAGGUUCUAUGUUAGUUUGCGGGAGAGUAGGAUCACUUACGAAAACGUUGUCAAACUCAUGUUGCAUGUCGAUCUGAGGAGCACGUGGGGCACUUGGCGCUGCUCUUCAGCGUGUGUCUCUUCGCUUCACCGCUGAGUGUCCUGACCUCCGUGCUCGCCGAGCGGAGCAGCGAGCUGCUGCCGCCGGUGAAUUGCUUCCUGGGGCUACUUUGUAGCGGCUGCUGGUCGAUCAUCGGUCUGCGGGCUUGGAGCAAGCCGAUUUAUGUGCCCAACAUGCUGGGGGUGCUGCUCUCUUUGCUGCAGCUGGCGUUGAUUCUGAUCUUUCCCUCAAAGAAGGGGAAGAUCUCCGUGAAGGACUCCAAGGAGGAUUUGGCCUGACCGUUCUCGUGACAAAGCCGAAUGACGGGCGGUGAGGAAGACUCUUCGCUCCUUCGCAGCCGCUGAAAGGCAUCGGCAUGUGGCUGUGAAAGGACG